AUGGCACCUCAGUUGGCCUGGCUGGGUCUGGGAAACAUGGGUAGGGGUAUGUCGAAGAACAUCGUAGAAAAGGGCAACCUCGACAAGCCUCUGAUCCUCUACAACCGAACCAUCCAAAAAGCCCACGACUUCUCGGCCCAAGUCGGCAACUCAACAGUUGCUUCCUCUCUCCAGGAAGCCGUCUCGAAGGCAGACAUUAUAUUCUACUGCCUGGGCGAAGACCCGUCAGUGCUCGAGACACUCGAAGAGAUCCUCAAGGUGGAUGUCAAGGGAAAGAUCAUCGUGGACUGCAGCACCGUUCACCCAGACACGACGGCAAAGGAAGCCAAACUGGUUGAAGACAAAGGUGGCGACUUUGUCGCAUGCCCUGUAUUCGGUGCCCCGGCCAUGGCGGACGCAGGUCAACUGAUCUGCGUCAUCGCGGGCAAGACCGAAGCAGUGCAGAAAGUGUUACCGUACUGCAAAGGUGUGAUGGGCCGAGCGAACAUUGACUUCUCGGGGCAAGAACCGAGCAAGGCCACUCUGCUCAAGGUGAUCGGCAACACGUUCAUUGUAGGUAUGGUCACGGCACUUUCGGAGGGCCACGUCGUGGCAGAGAAAUCUGGCCUGGGCGUUGAGGAACUGCACAAAUUCAUUGAAGUCAUGUUCCCUGGCCCCUACACCGCUUACUCGACCCGAUUAAAGACGGGAGAUUACUACAAUCGCCCGGAACCUCUGUUCGCCGUUGACCUGGCACGAAAAGAUGCCAGACAUGCAAUGAACUUGGCCGAGACGAGUGGUUGCCGGAUGAGGCAGGUUGAACUGGCGGAUUCGUACUUGAAGACCGUGAAGGAGCAGAAGGGCGAGAAGGGUGAUAUUGCCGGCAUCUACGGCGCCGUGAGGAUGCAGGGCGGUUUGCCCUUUGAUAACCAAUGA